AUGCUUGGAUUAGGUGGGUCAUGUUUAUCAAAAGAAUUUUUUGAUUUAGCAAAAUCAAUUGGAGAAGCUCGUUCAAAACAAGAGGAAGAUAGAAUAAUAUGCAAUGAGAUAAUUUUAUUGAAAUCGAGGUUUUCUGACCCUAAUACAUCUGUAAAACAAAUAAAAGAAUAUUUAAUACGAGCUAUAUAUAUAGAAAUGCUAGGACAUGAUGCGUCCUUUGCUCAUAUCCAUGCUGUGAAAUUAGCUCAUGAGAAAAACAUAUUGUGUAAGAGGACAGGUUAUUUAUCAUGCAACUUAUUUUUACAUAAAGAUCAUGAAUUAAUGUUAUUAUUAAUUAAUACUAUACAGAAAGAUUUAAAAAGUGAUAAUUAUUUGGAAAUAUGGGCAGCAUUAAGUUGUGUAUGUAAAUUAUUAAAUAAUGAAAUGAUACCUGCUAUAUUUCCUGUAAUACAAAAUUUAUUAAAUCAUAAAAAUGAAUUGAUAAGAAAAAAAGUAUGUAUGUUAUUACAUAAAAUGUAUAUUAUUGAACCAUCAUUAAUUAAAGAUAUUGAUAUAUAUUUAAAAAAAUUAUUAUGUGAUGUAGACCCAUCAGUUAUGGGUGCUUCAUUAAAUUUAAUACAUUCUAUAGCUAAGAAUGAUAUGAUGUAUAGUAUUAAGUUAGUACCUUAUUUGGUUUCUAUUCUUAAACAAAUAUGUGAAAAUAAAUUACCAAAAGAUUAUGAAUAUCAUAGAAUUCCAGCACCAUGGAUUCAAAUAAAAAUUUUGUCGAUUUUUCGUAUUUUAGGAUAUUCAAAUAAAAAAUUAUCAGAACAAAUGUAUGAAGUAUUACAAAAAACAAUGCAGAGAGCAGAUUUUGGAAUUAAUGUUGGUUAUGCUAUAAUUUAUGAAUGUGUAAAAACGAUUGCUACUAUAUAUCCUUCACAUCAUUUAUUAGAAUUAGCAUCUUUAUCUAUAUCUAGAUUUAUUUCAUCAGAUAAUCAUAAUUUAAAAUAUGUUGGAGUAACUGGGCUAGCUUUAAUUGUAAAAAUUAAUCCUUUAUAUGCAACUGAACAUCAACUGGCUGUUGUGGAUUGUUUAGAAGAUAAAGAUGAAACCCUCAAAUUAAAAACGCUAGAUUUAUUAUAUGAAAUGACAAAUCCAUUGAAUGUUCAAGUAAUUGUAGAGAAAUUAAUAUUCCAUAUGAAAAAUUCUGUGGAUAUUCAUUUUAAACAUGAUUUAGCAUGUAAAAUAAUUGAACUUAUAGAAAGAUAUACACCUGAUGAUAUUUGGUUUUUGAAUAAAAUUAAUACUUUAUUUUUGUCUGUUGGUGAAUUAUUAGAUGAGAGUUAUUCAUAUUCUCUUAUCAAAUUAUUAAAGGAUAGUUCUAUAUGUGGCGAAUCAGAUUCAGGGGAUGACGAAAUAAAUACAAAUAAAUAUAAAAGUAGUCCAUCAAAUGGUAAUAUUAAUAUGGAAUAUUUGAAUUUACCAAAUAAGGAACACAUCAAAACGUAUAUGAAAGAACAGAAAGAAGUUUCAAUGAAUGAAUUAAAAAUAGAUGAUGAAAAUAAUGAGAAAUUGACCCAAGGGCAUAUGAACAGCCAAAAUAAUGAUGAAAUGAGUAGUAGUAAUAGUAAUGAUAAUAUUAAUAAUAAUAAUAAUAAUAAUAAUAAUAAUGUAAGCAAUGAUGAUGUUAAACAUGAACAACAUUCACAUAAGAACGAUUAUGUGAAUAACUCAGAUAUAGAAAGAGAUUUACAGAAAUCGAAUAAAAACAAAAUGAAUGACGAUAUAUACAAUCUCAGAAAAUAUGCUGUAAAUACGUACAUUAAAUUAUUAGAAAGUAAUGAGAAUAUUCCAUUCAUAUUAAUGCAAAUAAUUUGCUGGGUCAUAGGUGAAUAUAGUCAUUUAUGUGAUAUUGAAAAUUAUACUACUGAAGAUAUUAUAGAUUUAUUAUGUGAAUGUUUAGAAAAAAAUUUUAGUAAUCCUGAUAGAGUUAAAUCAUGCUUAAUAACAGCUAUUUUUAAAUUAUGUUCAAGGAAUAAUAUAAGAGAUCAUGUAGUAGCAAAAAAAAUAAUUGAUAAAUAUAAAAAUAGUAAAAUAACAGAUUUACAACAAAGAUGUUAUGAAUAUGAUUUAAUAUUAAACAAUCCUACUUUAAUGAAUAAUGUUUUUUCUUUAAAAAGUACUAAAAAAAAAAUAGUUAUUGAUGAAACGUUAUCAUUUCUAAAUCCAUAUAUAGAAGAGCAUUUAAGAAGUGGAGGAAAAUCAUACAUUUCAAAAGAUUUAAGAAAAAAUGAACAUCAUGAUGAAUCUAUAAAGAAUACGAACCCUGUAUUGAAUUUCACUCCUUAUGAAUUACCACUUAAUAAUAAAUUAAGUUCAGAUAAUUAUAAUAUAUCAUCUAAUAAUAUACCUAUAUAUGAAAAGAACUAUAACUACCAGGAGGAUGCUGUUGUACCUAUGUCAGCAACAGAUGAUCAAGUAUCAAAAAUGAAGGAUAAGGGAAAAAUUUAUAAGUUAAAUGUUAUGGGACCCAAAAAAUGGAAAAAAGAAAUAUAUAAUAUAGACCAAGGACAAAAUGGUGAUACUGAAACUAUUGAAAAGGGGGAUAUGGCAAAUAAGAAGAAAAAGAAGAAAUCAAGCAAAAAAAAUAAUAAAAAUAAAAAAAAUAAGAAAAAAAAUAAAAUAUCCAAUAAUAACAAUAAUAAUAAUAAUAAUAACAAUGUUGGUGAAUGUCAAAAUAAUAGUGAGGUAAUAAAUAAAGACAAAGUGAAGAAGAAAAAAAAGAAAAAAUGUGUGAAUAGAGAAGAGGGUGCUGAUAUUAAUAAAGGAAUUAAAAGUGAUAUAAACCAAACAGAGGAAGAUAUUAAGUUGCAUAAUAUGGUGAGCGAACAAAAGGAUAGAGGUAAGAAUAGUUUUAGCAGUAAUUAUUAUGAUGAAGAAGAUGAUGAAGACGAAUAUGAUGAUGAUUAUGAAGAGGAUGAAGAAGAAUAUGAUGAUGAUUAUGAAGAAUAUGAUGACGAUGAAGAAGAAAAUGAUGAAUACGUCGAUGAAAGUGAUGAUGAUAAUGAUGAGAACGAAAACGAAGAUGACGACGAUUAUAAUGAAGACGAACAGUAUAAUAGAGAUAAUGAUUUUAUUAAUGAAGAAAAUGAAAAUGAGAAACGUACUGAUAAUGUUAAUGUUGAUGAUUACAAUGAACAAAAUUAUGAAAGAUUUGAUGAUAAUAAAGAUAUUCAUUAUUCAAAAGAAUUUAAUAGAUUUACAAGUGAUACUUAUAAUAAUAAGACAAAUAUUUAUAAUUGGAAAAAUAAAGGAAACAAUAAAACUGUAGUAAAUAAUAAAAAAGAAUUAACAGAAAAAGAAAAAAUGGCAGCAGCUUUAUUUAAUGGAUUAAUAUCAAAUAAUUCAUUAUUAAAAGAUCCUAUAAAAAGUUCUUAUGUUUCUACCAUGUCAAUGAAAAAAAAUAUGUCCAUAUUGUCUAAUAAAAAUUAUUUUAAUUCAAAAAAAAAUGAUAAUAAUAAUGAUAUGGAUGGAGUAGGAAAAAAAAGUUUAAAUAAUGAACAUGUAGAAAAUAAUGAUAUUACAAAAAUGAAGAUAAAUGAGAAAGGUAACAACAAUAACAACAAUAAUAAUAAUAAUAAUGAUAGUGGGUCUACUAAUAAAUUGGUAGAUAUCAAUAUAGAUAAUUCUGAUAAUUUAAAUGAAAUAAAAAAAAAUACAAAGAAAAAAGGCUACCAAUUUGAUAUGAUAGAUUUAAAUGAAUCACCUAAAAAGAUAGAUUCUAUAAAGACUUCUGAUAUAAAUAUAGAAGAGGAGAAAAAACUAUGGGACAACAUAACUACUAAGAAAAAGGCUGUAUUUAUAAAUUCAACAAAUUUGAAUAUAUUACAGACACUUAAAAAAAUUGAGAAUAAUUUAAACACUAAUGUUAUUGAAGUUUCCAAAAUGGAUUCAUUGAUUUCAUGUUUUUAUAACAAUACUAAGGUGCUGAUAAAAAUAAAAAUAGAAGAUAAUAAAUUAACUUUUUUAGUAAAAUCCAACGAAAAUAGCAUAAUUGACAAUGUUUUUGAUGUCCUCAAGAAUUUGUUUCAUGUAUAA